GGGGCACAGAACCAAGCAGUGGGAGGGAUGUCUGGCCAGAGGUUGGUGAGGAGGCUCCCUCCCCCCUCCCCCCACCAUCCUGGCCCUGCUGCCUCCACCUCCGGGAGACAACCAGGUGUAGCCCAGGAUCCCGGGAGGUGCUGGGGGAGAGGGUGGCGUCUCUGCUCCUGGGGCGCUGGCCCGGCCCAGAGGGGACAGGAAGCCAGGACACCGGGGAUUGUCUCUCGCAGCCGCAGCCCAGCCCCAGCCCGGGAGGAAGUUCUGCCGGGCGCUCUCGGCUGGUGCCUCCCUCGCUAUAUUGUUGAACAGGAAACAAGGCAGCGCGGGAGCUGGGCGGUGGAGGAGGGAGCGCCGGACGCCAAGCCCACGCGCGCCUGUCGGGACAAGUGGAGGCGAGAUCAGCGAGCAGACACCCAGAGCUCCCGCUCCCCGGGGUUUCUCCAGCCCAGCCCUUGGAAGCCCCGCCCAAGGAGAUGGCAGGGACCUAACUCGCAUCCAUCCACCGGCUCCGCCCAGCCAGCCCAUGGGCUCCGAGGCCGCCCAGCCAACGGAAACGCCGCGGCGGCCGCGAUGGCGGCGGACGUCGAGGGAGACGUGUACGUGCUGGUGGAGCAUCCCUUCGAGUACACGGGCAAGGACGGGCGCCGCAUCGCCAUCCAGCCCAACGAGCGCUACCGGCUGCUGCGCCGCAGCACGGAGCACUGGUGGCAUGUUCGGCGCGAGCCGGGCGGCCGCCCCUUCUACCUGCCCGCGCAGUACGUGCGCGAGCUGCCGGCGCUCGGCGACCCUGCCGCAGCCCCGCCGCCCACGCCCCAGCCGGGCCCCUCAGCCCCGGAGCCGCUCUCCUACGACUACCGCUUCGUGAGCGCCUCUGCGCCCGCGGGCCCCGACGGCGCGCCCGCCGAGCCCCGGGGCCGGGUGAGCUCCCUGUGCGGCCCUGCGCGGCGCGGCGCCGCGACCCAGCGCAGCAGCCUGACGCCCGGCCUGCCCGCCUGCCUGUACACGCGGCCCGCGGCGCCCGUGCGGCCCGCGCAGUCCCUGGACGACCUGGCGCGCGCCGCCGCCGCGCCACCCGCGGGCCUGCUCGGGAGCGCGGGCAGCUUCAAGGCCUGCAGCGUGGCGGGCUCCUGGGUGUGCCCGCGGCCCCUGGCGCGCAGCGACUCGGAGAACGUCUACGAGGCCAUCCAGGACGUGCGCGGCCCGCCGCGGCACGAGCGUCCGGAGCAGGUGGACGAGCCCCCGGAGCCCGUGUACGCGAACGUAGAGAGGCAGCCUUCGGUCACCUCGCCGGGCCCCGCCGCGGCCCCCCGCCCCGGCCCGGUGUGGGAGACGCACACGGACGCGGACACCGGGCGCCCCUACUACUACAACCCGGACACGGGCGUCACCACCUGGGAGUCGCCCUUCGAGGCUGCCGAGGGCGCCGCCAGCCCGGCCACCUCCCCGGCCUCGGUGGGCAGCGGCGAGAGCGUCGAGACCGAGUGGGGCCAGUACUGGGAUGAGGAGAGCCGCAGGGUGUUCUUCUACAACCCUCUGACGGGCGAGACGGCCUGGGAGGACGAGGCCGAGGACGAGCCGGAGGACGAGCAGGACAUGCAGCCCGGCCUGAGCCCCGGCAGCCCGGGGGACCAGAGGCCCCCUACCCCCGAGACUGACUACCCUGAGUUGCUGACCAGUUACCCCGAGGAGGACUAUUCCCCCGUGGGCUCCUUCAGCGAGCCCGGGCCCACCUCUCCCUUGGCCACGCCCCCUGGCUGGUCUUGCCACGUGGACUCGGAUGGGCAGACGCUCUACACCAACCACUUCACCCAAGAGAAGUGGGUGAGGCUGGAGGACCAACAUGGGAAGCCCUACUUCUACAACCCAGAGGAUGCCUCCGUUCAGUGGGAGCUGCCCCAGGUCCCUGUCCCUGCCCCUCGAACCAUCCGAAAAUCCAGCCAGGACAGUGAGACCCCAGCCCAGGCCAGCCCCCCUGAGGAGAGGAUCAAGACCUUGGACAAGGCAGGUGUGCUCCAUCGCACCAAGACAGUGGACAAGGGGAAGCGGCUCCGGAAGAAGCACUGGAGUGCCUCCUGGACAGUGCUGGAGGGCGGCGUCCUGACGUUCUUCAAGGACUCAAAGGCCUCGGCUGCAGGCGGCCUGAGACAGCCUUACAAGCUCUCCACCCCCGAGUACACGGUGGAGCUGAAGGGGGCCUCUCUCGCCUGGGCUCCCAAGGACAAAUCCAGCAAGAAGCAUGUGCUGGAGCUGCGGAGCCGAGAUGGCUCAGAGUACCUGAUCCAGCACGACUCAGAGGCCAUCAUCAGCACCUGGCACAAGGCCAUCGCCCAGGCCAUCCAGGAGCUGUCCGCAGACCUGCCCCCGGAGGAGGAAAAUGAGAGCAGCAGUGUGGACUUCGGGUCCAGCGAGCGCCUGGGAAGCUGGCGGGAGGACGAGGCGCGGCCGGGCGCAGCCGCGCCCGCGCUGUAUCCCGGGGGCCUGGAGAGCGACCUGAGCAAGGUCCGGCACAAGCUGCGCAAGUUCCUCCUGAAGCGGCCCACGCUGCAGUCGCUGCGGGAGAAGGGCUACAUCAAAGACCAGGUGUUCGGCUGCGCGCUGGCCGCGCUGUGUGAGCGCGAGCGGAGCCCGGUGCCGCGCUUCGUGCAGCAGUGCAUCCGCGCCGUCGAGGCCCGGGGGCUGGACAUCGACGGGCUGUACCGCAUCAGUGGGAACCUGGCCACCAUCCAGAAGCUGCGCUAUAAGGUGGACCACGAUGAGCGCCUGGACCUGGACGACGGGCGCUGGGAGGAUGUCCACGUUAUCACUGGCGCCCUGAAGCUCUUCUUUCGGGAGCUGCCCGAGCCCCUCUUCCCCUUCUCGCACUUCCGCCAGUUCAUCGCGGCCAUCAAGCUGCAGGACCAGGCCCAGCGCAGCCGCUGCGUGCGGGACCUGGUACGUUCGCUGCCCGCCCCCAACCACGAUACGCUGCGCCUGCUCUUCCAGCACCUGUGCAGGGUGAUCGAGCACGGCGAACAGAACCGCAUGUCAGUGCAGAGCGUGGCCAUAGUGUUCGGGCCCACGCUCCUGCGGCCCGAGAAGGAGGAAACCAGCAUGCCCAUGACCAUGGUGUUCCAGAACCAGGUGGUGGAGCUCAUCCUGCAGCAGUGCUCAGACAUCUUCCGGCCUCACUGACCGCGGGCCUCCACCCCGCCCCCGCUGCUAGCACUGCGGCCCUGCGACUGGGAGUGACGGUGGUCCGGCCACAGAAGCUGGGCGGCUGGAGGCCACGUGGCCGGACUCUAUCUCGGAGCCGCUCCGCCUGCUACCGGCCCGCAGGCAGGUGUGAAUUCUGCACCCCUCGGUGCAGGAUGGUGACCCCUGGUGGGCAGUUCGCAAAAUGUGAUUUUUUUUUUUUCCCCUGGCCUGUUCCGCUAGAGGUUAAUUGGGUUCUGUUCUUUAUUACAGCGCCACCUACUGUGCGUGUGUGAGAAUGUGGGGGCAGUGAGGAUGGUUUUCUGGGACCGCCCGGGCUGGGAGGAAUUUGGGUGAGGGGCUUCCUAGCCUCUUCUGGCCCGGACCCUGUCGAGGCCUGCACGGAGCCCCUUAGGGCCCCAGCCCUGUGCGUGGCACCGUUCGGGUCAUGAAGCGGCCACCGACAACUUGCCUGCUGCCGAAACAGGACUGACCCGGCCUCCGGCGUGGGUGGCUGCCUGCCUUUCCCCGGGCCUCAGGGAUGAUGCUCCUGCCCGGCUCUCUCACUGGCUCGCGGUGGACCAUUUUCAUCUGCUUUGCUGUCUGGGGUUCCCGGCCUCUGCGCUCCCUGAUCCACUUGUGUUGUGUGUGAGGGUUCUUCCUCUUGGACAGCGUGUACCCUGCUCCUGCCACUUGACAUGCACCAUUUCCACACACAGUCCCAUUUUACAGAUGAGGAAACAGGCUUACAGAGGCCAAGUGACUUGUUCAGGGGCCAGCGGGGGAUCUGACUCCUGGCCCAGGCUCCUCUCACACCAGAGCACAGUCUCCGAUAAGGGAGAAAUCCACCCUGUGAGCUAGCCCCCGACCCAGCAUGGGCUUAUGGGUACAGCAAAAGGAACUAAGCUGGAUGGGUUCUGUGUGGGCCUUGGGAGGUCCCUGAAAGCAAGGACCAGGAAACCUGCUGUUAUUCUUGCCCCCAGGGUUGAGGGGGCGCUGGCAGGAGCCCCCAGCCCCUCCCAGUGCCCUGGCUGAGUAUGCCCACCGGUGCCCACCUUGCCAUGAAGAGCUGGGAGAGGCCUGCAGGGUGGGGGGAGGGGGGCACAACCUCAGGAAAGGAAGUGUGAACCCUGGGGUCGGCAGCCCCCCUUCCCUCCUUGUACACAAACCACCUCGGUUUAUGGGUCUCAGCCCCGUGCCCCACCCACCCAUCAUUUAUUCCACAAGCAAUAAUAGCUAAUAUUUAUUGCACUGUGCCAAGCAUCUAACUUGGAUUGUCUCCUGUGUUUCUCACAGCCAAUAUUUAUUAUCUGCUCUUCUGUGCCAGGCACUGUGCCCCAGGGCGGGGGUAGUGUGCACCCUCCCUUGUGGAGCACGUGGUCCGCAUAUGAGGCUGAGCCAAGCCCACCCCUAGUGCCGGCGGGGCUGGGGAAGAGUACAGUGGAGGCCUCAUACCGUGUGUCGAAGUGUUGUAAAGUUAUAGAUCGAGCUAACAAUGUUCAAUGAAAUACGUUCUAUUCUCCUACCUUGGUAAAUAAACCUUCACACUGACCUGGA